AUGGAAGCUGUGGGUCAGAAACUGCUGGAUUUCUCGCAACCGUUCGACGUGGCGGCGCUGGACCAAGUGGUGCAGUGUAUGAACGAUCCCAAGAGCCCGCACCAGCGAGUGGCCAAUCAGAUCAUGGUGGCGCUGCAGGAGCAUCAGGAUUCGUGGACGCGUGCUUCGGAUAUCUUGGAGAAGUCGACCAGUAUCCAGACCAAGUUCUUUGGGCUGCAGAUCUUGGAAGAUGCUAUCCAUUACCGCUGGAAGAUUCUGCCUACUGACCAACGUGAAGGCAUUAAGAGCUACAUUGUCGGCAAGCUACUGUCGAUGUCGUCAGACGAGUCUACACUGCAUAGCCAGCGCAUGUUUGUGAACAAGAUGGACCUUGUGUUGGUGCAGGUGUUGAAACACGAGUGGCCGCAGAAUUGGCCGUCGUUCAUUACUGAUAUUGUCAACUCGAGCAAGACGUCAGAAGUCUUGUGUGAAAACAACAUGACUAUCUUGAAGCUGCUGAGUGAGGAAGUGUUUGACUUUUCUAAGGACCAGCUGACGGAACAAAAGACCAAGACGCUGAAGGAAAGCCUCAAUCAUGAGUUCACUCAGAUUUUCCAGCUGUGCGAAUUUGUGCUGAACAAAUCGACACACGUGCCACUUCUCCAGAUUACGUUGCAGACACUGCUUCGAUUCUUGAGUUGGAUUCCUCUUGGGUUCAUCUUUGAGACGGACCUCAUAAAAAUUCUCGUUACAAAAUUCCUAUCGACGAAUGCGUUUCGCAACGAUACCAUUAGCUGUUUGAGCGAGAUUGCUCAACUGCGCGAUGUUCCCGAGCAGUACAACAACGUGUACAUUCAGCUGUAUAUGGGCGUGCUGAAUGAGGUAGGCAAGAUUUUGCCGCCUGGUAGUUCGUUCACGCCGUUCUGGGAACAGGACGAGGUGUUUGUGCAGCGUUUGAGUAUAUUUCUCACGGGGUUUUUCCGGUUUCACAUCCAAGUGAUUGAGCAACCGAUCACUGCUCCAGGCGACGAGGCUCAUCAGGCACUACUCGCAGGCUUCACAUAUCUUGUAUGCAUUGCCGAGGUAGACGACGACAGCAUUUUCAAGAUCUGCCUGGACUAUUGGCACUUUUUCACGCGGGACUUGUACACGGUCGACCAAAACCAGAUGAAUCCACUUGCAGGCUUUCAGAACCAGACUCGCAGCCGGCGCGACCUUGUGUCACCUGUCAUGAAUCGUGUGCGCCACGUCAUGAUCUCAAAGAUGGUGAAGCCGUCCGAGGUAUUGAUCGUGGAAGACGAAAAUGGUGAGAUUGUGCGAGAGACGACCAAGGACACGGAAGCGUUGUCGCAGUACAAGACGAUGCACGAGACGCUCGUGUAUUUGACACACUUAAACUAUGACGACACGGAGACGAUCAUGCUAGAAAAGCUUACAGCUCAGGUUGAGGGUACGGAAUGGUCAUGGAACAAUUUGAAUACGUUGUGCUGGGCUAUCGGAUCGAUCUCUGGUGCCAUGAGUGAAGAGAAUGAGAAGCGUUUCUUGGUCACUGUGAUUAAAGAUCUGCUGGGGUUGUGCGAGAUGAAGCGUGGCAAGGAUAACAAGGCUGUGGUCGCUUCGAACAUUAUGUACGUCGUGGGUCAGUACCCGCGCUUUUUGCGUGCACACUGGAAGUUUCUUCGCACUGUCGUGAACAAGUUGUUCGAAUUCAUGCACGAGCUCCACCCUGGUGUACAAGACAUGGCAUGUGACACAUUUUUGAAAAUCUCGCAGAAGUGCCGGCGUAAGUUUGUUGUUUUGCAGAGUGGUGAAACGCGUCCGUUUGUGGAAGAGCUGCUUGAAGAGUUGCCUCGCAUUGUAUCAGAUUUGGAAACGCACCAAGUGCACACGUUUUACGAGGCCGUGGCGUCAAUGCUCGCUGCUGAUAACGAUGCCAACCGAAAGGAGUUGCUCCUCAGUCGCUUGAUGAGCCUUCCGAACGAAGCCUGGAAGUCCAUUAUGACACAAGCAGCGCAAGACGUGAGUAUUUUGUACGAUAGCCGAGGCAUCAAGGAGAUUGUAAAGAUUAUUCGGACAAACGUAAAAGUAUGCAAGGCGAUUGGAUCGAACGGCUUCAACUCGCAAAUGGGCUACAUUUUUCAGGACAUGUUGAAUGUCUACGUGGCGUACACGCAGCGCAUAGCCGUGAUGGUCGAACAGGGAGGAGAAAUUGCAGUCAAAACGUCGGAGGUGCGCUCGCUGCGCAGUGCUAAAAAAGAGAGCUUGCGCUUGAUGGAUGCGUUUGUAGAGCACACUGCAGGCGAUGACGCAGCACGGCAGUUCGUGGCUACUCACUUUUUGCCCAAGCUUUUGGAGACGAUCCUCUCGGACUACCAGACCACAACACCUACGGCAAAAGAAGCGGAGGUGCUUACUUUGCUAGCCACUAGCAUCAACAAGCUGAAGAACAUCAUCGCGCCCACAGUGCCCUUGAUCCUCGAGUCUGUCUUCGAGUGCACGCUCCAGAUGAUCACGAAGAAUUUUGAGGAUUUCCCGGAACACCGCGUAAACUUUUUCAAGCUACUUCAGGCUGUAAAUGACUUCUGCUUCGAAGCGCUGUUCAGCAUUCCGCAGGAGCACCAGAAGCUAGUCGUGGACUCGAUCAUUUGGGCUUUCAAGCACACAGAGCGCAACGUUGCUGACACGGGUCUCGCUACGCUGUUUGCUCUGCUACUGAACAUUCAAGAGAAUCCCCAGAUCGCCGCCGGCUUCUACCGCUCCUUUUACCUGUUGCUGCUGCAAGAUAUCUUGGCUGUGCUGACCGACCGCCUUCACAAGUUCGGUUUCAAGCUGCACGCAGCUGUUUUGCGUCACAUGUUUGCCAUUGUGGAAAACAAUCACGUGACUGUACCUCUGUGGGAGGGGGUGCCGAACGUGGCCGCCAUGCCUCCUGGGCAAACGAACUCGGCUUUUCUCAAGGACUACGUGGCGAAUUUGAUUGGCUCGUCGUUCCCAAACUUGUCGCGUGCACAGGUGGUGCAGUUCGUGGUUGGGUGUUUUGACAUGUCAAAAGACUUGCCGACGUUCAAGAAGCACUUGCGUGACUUUCUCGUGAACAUCAAGGAAUUUGCCGGCGAGGACAAUGCCGAACUCUUUUUGGAGGAAAACCUUGCCCGGACGCAGCUACAGGAGAAGCAGGACUUGGCUGCCAAGCUGGCUGUGCCGGGUCUAGUCAAUCCGAACGAACGUCCUGAUGAGAUGGCCGACUUGUAG